AUGGCGAUGCUGGAGAAACAGGAUGUCUGGAUCGACAGCAUUCUUCCCUUUGUGGGAAUGGGACAUUAUGCUUUUAUUGGAGCUGCAAACACGAAAUUGAACCGUCUAUAUCGGAAAUAUUGCGAUUCUGUAGCCAGUCCCCCCAUGGUUUAUGAUGGAGAUGUUCGCCGCGCUGCAGUCAAAACUGAUACUUAUCUUAGUGCAGUAUGUUGUAAUGUUUCAUCUGCGGAAUACUGGUUGAGUGACAACUCUGAAGGGCGGCCUUUGUUUGGUAAUGUUUGCAGUUGCAUUACGAAUUUGGGGAACCUAAGGGUUCUUCAAUGGGCUCACAUCGACAAAGGAUUUCCAUUGCAACCAGACACAUACAAGCGAGCUGCUGCACGUGGCCAUUUGCAUAUUUUGAAGUGGGCUAGGGACCACGAAUGCCCUCUACCAACUGAAGGUUCAAUCAUCGUAUCAAUCACUGCGGCUAGAAAUGGUCAUUUGGAGGUGCCGAAAUGGGCCAAAGAUGUUGGCUACCCGUGCGAACAACACAUCUGCCUCAGUGCAGCCAAAGGUGGACACUUGGAAUUAUUGAAAUGGGCCAGAGACAAUAGGUGCCCAUGGGAUGAGCAGACUUGCAUGAGGGCUGCUUUUGGUGGUUAUUUGAAGCUUUUGAAAUGGGCCAGAGAAAAUGGAUGCCCCUGGGACUAUAGGACAUGCUGGUUUGCAGCUCGAGCAGGGCAUUUGCACGUGCUAGAAUGGGCAAGAGAAAAUGGCUGCCCUUGGGAUGAGGAUACUUGCUCUGGGGCUGCUGAAAGUGGCAGCCUUGAGAUCUUGAAGUGGGCUCGUGCAAAUGGGCGCCCCUGGGGUGCAGAGACAUGCUCCAAUGCUGCCAGCAAGGGAAAUUUUAAAAUUCUGAGAUGGGCCAGGGAACAUGGAUGCCCCUGGUGUGUUCUUACUUGUGCAAAUGCAGCUCAACAUGGCCAUUUGGAAAUUCUUCAGUGGGCACGUGCAAAUGGAUGUCCAUGGGACGAUUGGAUUUGUGCUCAUGCAGCUCAAGGUGGUCAUCUGGAAAUACUGCAAUGUGCCCGUGAGAAUGGCUGCCCAUGGGAUGGGGCCACACUCGAAUUCGCCCAACUGGGGGAGCAUCAUGAAAUUGAAGAAUGGGCGUGUGCUAAUGGUGCCCAGAGCCAGCUUGGUAGUAAUUUUUGUGUAGGUGCUUUUGCUUGUUUCCUACAUCCUCUUGCUCGGUGA